GAGGAGGCGUGGACCCGGAGAGAGAGGCAGCACAGAGAGGAGUGAGGAGCUGAGAGGAGCUGACGGAGCAUUAAUGAGAUACUGGCCGGUUAGAGUUACAGGGAUGCAGUUUUAGCCGUUUUACACCACUGUUUUCAGGCUUCAUCUGCGGACUCUAAAGCGUCAAUAAGAGGGACAUUUUCGCAAGUUAAAACAAACUUGAGUGGAUUAAUUUAUUCUCAAAUAUGGGCUUGGAACGAUUUCGCGUAAAGACGCCGGGGACAGCAGCCGCUCUUGUCCGCUCGCUCCUUUGUAUCAACGGGCUGUUACUCACUUUUUCUCCGUUUGUCUGCGAGGCGUUCAACUUGGACGUGGAGAACCCAGCUGUUUACAGCGGACCUAACGGGAGCUACUUCGGAUAUGCUGUUGACUUUUAUUUGGCUGAUUCGGCAAGUGCGAGUGUGGUGAUAGGAGCCCCCAAAGCCAACACAAGACAGGUUAACAUUACAGAGGGAGGAUCCGUCUUCUACUGUCCUUGGAGCCUCAGCCAAUCAGAUUGCCACAACAUCGAGUUUGAUACUGAAGGGGAUCGCACUUCUUUGAUCAACGACACAGAGCAUCAGGUUGAUUUCAAGUCCCACCAAUGGUUCGGCGCCACUGUGCGUUCUCACGGUGACACAAUUCUGGCCUGCGCGCCUCUCUACUCCUGGCGGACUGAAAAAGAUGUCGCUCAUUCUGAUGCAACAGGAACCUGCUUCCUCUCAGUCCAUAAUUUCACCAAAUUUGUGGAGUACGCUCCCUGCCGCACAGAGAUCAGCGGCGCGGUGGGACAGGGCUACUGUCAGGGAGGAUUCAGUGCUGACUUCACUACGGAUGGCAAAGUCGUGUUGGGAGGACCAGGCAGCUACUUCUGGCAAGGUCAGGUGAUCUCUGCAGCGAAGGAGGACAUUAUCAAAGCGUACUACCCGGGCUUCUUCAUGCAGUCUGUGGAGGGCCAGAUCCAGACCAGACAGGUCAAGGCUGAACAUGAUGACAGCUACCAAGGCUACUCUAUUGCUGUUGGGGAAUUCAGUGGUGAUCAGGCUGAAGAUUUUGUGGCUGGGGUUCCAAAAGGACUCAUGCUUUAUGGAUCGGUGUCUAUACUGAAUGGUACAGAUCUGAAGACCAUGAUCAACUUCACUGGCGAGCAGAUGGGAUCGUAUUUUGGCUAUGCAGUAGCAUCGACUGAUAUAAAUAGCGAUGGGAUGGCCGACCUGCUGGUGGGAGCUCCCAUGUUCAUGGUCCGAGGCUCCGACAGUCGCCUGGAAGAGAUGGGCCGGGUCUAUGUUUACCUCCAGCGUGGCCCCCUGAAUCUGGAGCUCCGCCUUCCUCACCUGACAGGCACCCAGGUGUUUGGGAGAUUUGGCAGCACAAUUGCGCCACUGGGAGAUCUGAACCAGGAUGGUUUUAAUGAUGUUGCCAUCAGCAGUCCAUUUGGAGGAGAGGAGCGGCAGGGACUCGUCUACAUCUAUAAUGGAUACGCAGAGGGACUCAGGGAAAAGCCGUCACAGGUGAUCACUGGUCAGUGGGCUGCUGGAACUAUUCCCGCCAGCUUUGGUUUUGCCCUCAGAGGUGCUCAGGACCUGGACAUGAAUGGAUACCCGGAUCUCAUCGUUGGUGCUUUUGGUGUUAGCAAGGCAGUUCUCUAUAGAUCUCGACCAAUAGUGAACACCAGUGCCUUUCUGACAGUUUACCCCACCAUGAUUAACCCUGAAGAGAAGAACUGCAUCGUCACCAGUGGAAACAGCAGCAUUCCUGUUUCCUGUGUCAACCUGAGUUUCUGCAUAUCUGCCGAUGGGAAGCACCUACCAGACGUCCUAGAUUUCCAGGUGGAGGUGCAGCUCGAUAGCAAUAAGCACAAGCAGAAAGGUGCAGUGAGGAGGGCUUUGUUUUUGGAUUCCCAGCAGCCCUCGCUCCAGAGGAGUGUUAGGGUGCGCCAUGGGGAGCGUGUCUGCAACCAAACCAAGAUCUACCUACGAGAUGAGAAAGACUUCAGGGAUAAACUCUCUUCCAUUUAUGUGGCCUUGAACUUCAGCUUGGAUCCAAAAGCUGCUGCUGACUCCCACGGCCUGCGGCCCAUCCUCAACUAUCAGACCACCAACGUAAUUGAGCAGAAGGCUCAGAUUCUGUUGGACUGCGGAGAAGACAACAUCUGUGUUCCUGACUUGAAGCUGGCAGUUCAUGGGAGCAGGAAGGAAGUCUACCUUGGCGAUGACAACUCGCUGACCUUGACUUUCAACGCCAGGAAUGAGGGUGAGGGAGGGGCGUACGAGGCAGAGCUGUACGUGGUGCUGCCCCCUGAAGCCGACUACAGCGGAAUCGCUCGCAAUAAUGAGAGCUUGACCCAGCUGACUUGCAGCUAUGAGACAGAGAACCAGACUCGAUACCUCAGCUGUGAUUUGGGCAAUCCGAUGAAGUCUGGCACCAAUCUGUGGGCAGGUCUGCGCUUCACGGUGCCGAGACUGAAGGACACGCACAAAACUGUUCAGUUCGAGCUGCAGAUUCGCAGUAAAAAUGAGAAUAAUUCCCACAGUGAGGUUGUCUCCUACAAGCUGGAGGUGGUUGUCCAGGCUGAAGUCAUCCUUCAGGGUGUGUCUCGACCAGAUAAGGUCUUCUUCCCGCCGGCCAACUGGAAGGUGACCAAAAACUACGGGGUGGAGCAGGACGUUGGGCCUGCAGUGGAACACAUCUAUGAGCUGGUGAACAACGGGCCCAGUCGGAUCAGCCACACCCUGCUGGAGCUGCGCUGCCCCCUCAGUGUCCAGGGCCAAACUCUUCUUUACCCCCUGAAGUUCUCCACAGAGGGCCCCAUCAACUGCACUGCCGACAAAUCCAUGAAUCACCGAAACCUCAAACUCCAGCCCACGUCCACAGAGCCACCUAUCCUGGCUCUAAAGGCACACGAGCACCACAUCGAGAGGAGGGACGUCCACAGGAAUCCGCUUGCUCAUUUGACAAACCUGUCUUGCUCUAACACGGAGUGCUGGGCGCUGCAGUGCACUGUGGGUCUGCUGGAGAAGGGGACGACUGCCAUCCUCAAAGUGCGCUCCCGCAUCUGGGCCGAGACCUUCACCGAGAGAGCUUACAAGCAGUAUGUGCUGGAGUGCCUGGCCAGAUACAGUGUGGAGAAGAUGCCUUACGCCAUCCUACCUAAACAUUUUCCCAGUGGACACAAAAAGGUGGUGACCCCGGUGGUGUGGAACAAGCCAGAUAUUGAGAACUCAGUUCCUCUGUGGAUCAUCAUCUUGGCCAUUCUGGCUGGUUUACUGCUUCUAGCUCUACUCAUCUACGUCCUAUACAAGUUUGGCUUCUUCAAGCGCUCUCUACCGUAUGGCACCGCCAUGGAGAAAGCUCAGCUCAAACCACAGGCUGCCUCUGAGGCCUAAAAAGACAAGCGGAGCUACCAGAACCACAGUACCUGGCCAUAUGAUUGCAACGGAGAAACACGAUGGAACAUGUAGAGUGGAUCAGGAAGCAGUUGAAGGGUUAAAGGAAAGAGAGACCACUGGAAAUCCACUGCGCUGCACUAGAGAAAGACACAAAUCCAAAGAUCUCCAAAGCCAAAUGAAUGUUGUUUUUUUUUCUUCUUUUUUAAUUUAUGUGUUGUUUGUUGGCAGUUUGGGAUUGUUACCAAAUAGAACUUUUUCUCAAAGCAUCAAGGCUAACGCCGACGAUCGUCAGCCUGCGGGUGCAGAGAGAGGAUUUCUUUUUGCGGAUUCUUUCGGUGGAGAGUCCUGUAUCAACCCGUUAACUGCCUUAUUUUGGUGCUAAUGAUCUGAUGCGCUCAUUGCCUCUGACAGGAUGUGGCAACAUGUAGCUUAUGGCAGCCAGGAGCUGUGAAUAAUGCUGCCUGCAGAGGCCUGUAAUAACUUGCCUUGUAUCUCCUGAACGCUGUUUUAUUGACAGAAGAUCGGUCAACAGGUGAAAACAUUAACCUGGCGAUAGCAACGUCAGUUUUCCCAGCCUGGGCUUAAUCUGUUAAAUAGCUCUGCUUUUAUCACAUCAUUUAAAGUUUUUCACGUUAUUUAAGCCCUGACCUGCUUGAGGUGUUCCCCUGAUUUUUGCCUAAUGCAUGCUGGGAUAUGCUCCAGCACCCUGCAGCCAUGCUGAGGGGGUGUCGAAAAUGCAUGGAUGGAUGUUUGUCUCUGCCUCAGGUUGGUGGACAGCGCUGGGUUGAGUUGUUUUUGCACUCAAAGGAAAUCUACUGAUAUAAUACCAGAGACACCUAAGACUGACUGACUGACCUUCCUUUGAGUUCUGAUUUUGACUCCUACUGAUCACUUUGUUUCAAUCAUUGUUCAUGUUCAGUUACCAAUGCUGGCGUCGUCAUUGUUGUGUAGUUGACUGGGAUGGGACUGGAACCACCGCAGACCUGCGAAACUUCACAGUGUGGUGCUUCUGUCCAAAAAAUAGUGGUGUUCUCCUAAAAAUUACUUUGCUGUUUGUCUCCUCAUUCAGCGUGAAGACCUCGUGCAAGCAAAUGACGCCUAGGGGAAACCGCAGAAUUGAUGCGCCAUGGCGUGAUGGUGUCUUGAACCAAAGACAUGACAAUCAGCAAUGUUGUAGCUUUGACGGAGUAUUAGUCUGAGAGCAGGCGGGAUCAUCACUCUUUGUGAGUGUGAAGGAUCCAUUUUCAGCUCACGGUGUGUGCGUUACUGUGAGAUACUGUAUUUUUGAUUGUCUUUUGAGCAAAAGUUGCCCAGAAAGAGAAGUGGCCAAAGUCAUCCCACUACCAAAAGGCUACAGGGACUGAACAUUAAAAAUGCUUUGUGUUCUUUUAUUUGCCAUGUACAUAGAUUUCACGUGCCUUAAAUGUAAAUAAUGUCUGUGGGUUAGAGUUAGGGUUGUGUGUGCUUGCAUGGAUAUAUGUGUGACGUCAUGCAUACAUGCAUUUGUGUGAAUGGUAUAUUUAUGAAUGUUUGUUUUGUGUAUGAAUUGGUUAUUGCCUUUCCCACUGCUUAGUCCUGUUAUUCCCUAUCACUUCUGUAGCUUUAUCAUUAAGGCUAAGCCAUUCUGCAUUAAAAAAGCAUUUCACUGCUGGGAAGAUGGCCCGUUCAUAAAACUGGGCUGUCUGUACAGUAGAAAGACAUAAAUACUUUUGAAAUUUGGUGCUAUUUGACUAGAAAAAAAACCAAAACAACAGAGAAAAUGGCUGUUGCUUCAGCUUUUUCUUAAGAGGUAGAAAACCUUAAACUACCAGAAUGCACUGCACUGCAACAGACCAAUAAACACCCCCACUGAAGGGUGAUGUAACACUAGCUUGGUCAGUUUUUCCACAGAAAACAAUAAGGUGGCUGGCUUAAAACAAACAAUCUUGUAUUACAGUUAAAGAGUAUCAAUGCCAAGUAUAACUGUUAGGUCUAAUUUUUUCAGAUGCUGUUUUUUAUGAUACAGGAAACAGUAUGGCGCCCACUUCCUGUUCACAAGUUUUCAUAUUACAGCCAAACAGUGCACUAAAAUAUGCAGUGCCUUGUUUUUCCGUUUGAACAUAAUUUAAUCUUUCUCUCUUGACCUGCUUUUAUACUCUGUGUCUGGUGGCGGGCAAACAAACACACAAAAAUGCACAAGUACAAUCUUUAGCUCAAGCACUGCCACAUUUAAGAUACCUGCAACCUCAUUUUAAAUCCCCUAAAAUGACUAUAAGGCUUUCUCGUACCUCUAACAAAGGGAUAACAGGUAGGCACUGGGAACUAAAUGUUGUUUGGAAGUGCAAUAUUUAUAUUCACCCGUUAUUUGAAUAUUACAGUGCUUUCUUUUUGUUUUAUUUGUGAGUGAGUUGUGAUAAACCAGGACUUUUUGUAUCAAAGUAUGUGAUUAGCACACAUGUUAAAUCCUUUGUGAGGUUCUGGCUUUUCACUUUCACCUGCUUUCUCACUAAACACACUUCAAGUGUGAAACUUUUUUUGUUGUACUCACCACUUCAUCGCUGGACCACUUCUUUUCUUGACCGUACAGAUUUUUUUUAAUACCACAGACUGAUAAAGAAACCAUCAGAACUUGUCUGAGUUGAGCUCGGAUAUGUUGACGUAGCUUGAUAAUUUAUGCUGUUGCACCUGUCCAAACACCGACAUUAUACUAAACAUAUGUUUUACAUUUGUUUGCUUCAUCACACACUCAUUGGCUCGUGAUUUAUACUUUGUCAAAUGGUCCACGAAAUCCCCAUAUGGUAGUUGAUUUAAAACAUUGUCUGUUCUUUUCAACCCAUUAUUUAUAAUGACAGGGGAUCAUUUUACUACUUCCUCCACGGUAACAUCAGGGAGAGGCACUGGGUUUUCUUUUCUUUUUUUUCCCGUCGUAGCCCAUUUUCACUCUCCAGGACUUCCAAAAAAAGAAGUUGUACAUAUUUAUGACGAGGAGAGUAUGUUUGAACUCAAAGGAUGACUCAUUUGUUGUGAAUUUUUCUCACCCCAUAUUGGGGAGAACAUUUUUGUCAGGGGGGUGGGUUCUUUGGAGGUCAAUUUUUACCUGUUAUGGUUUGUACUUUUAAAUAAAAUAUUUCCCUUUUUACA